AUGGAGCAGCCCGUGUCCAUCGACGCCAUCGUCGUCGACGACCACGUGGAAAUGCCCUCGGCCCCAGACACGUCCACCGAAUCCAUCGCCAUGGAACAACCAAAAGUCAAGACAAGACAUCGCUUCCUCCAUGGCCUGCACCGCAUGGGUUCAUCGCCCAGUCUGGCCGCUGGAAUGGCUACCGGCAGAGCUCGCUCACAGAGCCUGAGGACUGGCGGGAAAGCGUCCAUGUCCUGCGUGUCGCUGGCCUUGCCUGGCUCGCCCUAUGGCAACCCGUUGGCUACCUCCUACUCGUCCGAGUCGUCGCAUACCUUCUCCACAGCGCCCACCUCAGUCGCCAACAGCCCGCCUGGUAGUCCCUUCUGCGACCCAAGGACACGCCUGCACACCAAGACACCCGAUCUCCCCUCCUCUGUUCCUCUGCCUUCGGCUCGCCGACCCCUCACUCGGGACGGCCUAGAAGCCGAGAGCGACUACUUCUCCUCCCGCCCCAUUGCGAACAAGGCUCGGAAGCGUGCCAACUUCAGCUUCUGGGCCGACAUGCCAGCAGAGAUACGCAUGCAGAUCCUCCGACACUUGCCACCAAAGGAGAUUGUGCGCUGCUCACGCGUCUCCAGGUCGUGGCAUGCCAUGUGCUUUGAUGGCCAACUCUGGAGCGACUUGGACACCAGCCACUUUUACCGCGACAUAUCUGCCAAGGCUUUGGUCAAGAUCAUCACAUCAGCAGGGCCCUUUGUAAAGGACUUGAAUCUGAGGGGCUGCGUGCAGCUCAAGGAGCUAUGGGCCGAGGGUGGCUUCAUUGACGCUGUCCAGAACCUCGAACACUUCUCGCUGCAAGGAUGUCGCAUCGACCGAACGUCCAUUCACUCCUUCUUGCUACAGAAUCACCGGCUGGUACACGUCAAUCUCUCCGGCCUCGCAGGAGCAACCAACGCGGCCAUGAAGAUCCUUGCGGCACACUGUCCCCGCGUUGAAGUGCUCAAUAUCGAAUGGUGCAACAACAUUGACAGUCGGGGACUGAAGAAGGUCGUCGAGGGCUGCCCACGGCUACGUCAUCUCCGCGCGGCCGAGGUGCGAGGCUGGGACGAUGUCGACCUCAUGCUUGCCUUGUUCAAGCACAACACACUCGAACGUCUCGGCUUGAAGAAUUGCGACAGUCUCAACGAUGAGUCUUUGGCAGUCCUCGUUGAAGGCGUCGACGAGGAGAUGGAUGUGCUGACCGAUCGACCCAUGGUCCCGCCCCGCAAGCUCAAACAUCUCGACCUGACGCGUUGCCGCAGCAUCACAGAGGAUGGGGUCAGGACGCUCGUCGGCAACGUUCCCUACAUGGAGGGCUUGUCAGUCUCCAGAUGUGGGGGCCUUGGCGAUGACCCGCUCAUCAGUCUUCUUCCCACCAUGCCCGUCCUCACCCAUCUGGAUAUGGAAGAGGUCGACAGCCUUACCAACAAUGUUUUGAAGACACUGGCCGCUUCGCCAUGUGCUCCCCAACUACGGCAUCUUUGCAUAUCCUCUUGCGAGAACCUGGGUGACGCUGGUAUGCUUCCUGUACUCAAGGCAUGCACUCAACUCUCUUCCCUGGAGAUGGACAACACCCGUAUUUCAGAUCUCGUUCUUGCCGAAGCCGCGGCCGGUCUCCGCAACCGCAACCGCACAGCCCGUGGAUUGUCAGCUUUCGAGCGUCCAACAGUCGGCCUUCGCGUUGAAGUCUAUGACUGUGCCAAUGUGACCUGGACUGGAGUUCGCGAGGUUCUAUCGCGCAACGCCGAAAUUACCCGUCCUUCGCAUCCAAAGUCUGCAUCCGCCCCCGAACCGGCGACAUACCCUCGUGAAAUCAUCAAGCUCAAGUGCUUCCACAACUGGCAACCGACCGUCGAAGAGCACACAAAGCGCGUGCUGCGCGGCGACUUUGCUGCUGCUGCCCGCCUAGAACGCAAGUGGGCCGACUACAUGAUGCUGAAUGAAGAAGCAGGUGUUGGUGGCGCCGGUACACGCAGGCGGAGAAGAAGAGCCAGGGAAGCGCAAAUGAUGCACGCAGACGAGGAGGAAGGUGGUGCUGGCGCCGUGAGUGGUCUGGGCAGAAGGCGGCGGGCACGGAGUGGGCCUGGUAGUUGUGCUGUGAUGUAA